UAUAAGUAUCCCCUCAAAAUACAUAGGCGUGGGCACGCCUAACCUCAAACUAAUCGAUCAUCUAAUAUUUUGAUCAUUCUGAUGCAAGUAACAAUACAUCUAUCACGAUGUCCAAGACGUCGGCAGACGCAAACUCAAAAUUAGCAAAAAGCGAUAUGCUCCAGGCGAUACUUUUCGCUGACGAUUUUACAACGCGACUCUCGCCAACGGAAAAUAUAGUGCCAAGUAUUUUACUUCCUGUUUUAAAUGCACCACUCCUAAAUUAUUUGAUCGAGACUCUAGUUGCGUCGAGAGUCCAGGAAGUGUUUCUCUACUGCAGCAAUCACGUGGAUCUUUUGAAAAAUCACGUAAAAUCUAUAAAUCGACAUGACAUUACCUUAACACCAAUAAUUUCCGAAGGUUGUCGUUCUCUGGGUGACGCUUUGAGAGAUAUUGACACGAAAGGAUGGGUCAGAGGAGAUUUCAUUUUGAUCCGGGGUGAUACCUUCACAAACGUUGAUUUCAAGAGAUUGAUGAGCUCCCAUCAAAGCAGGGCCAAAAAAGAUUCAGGAACUAGCAUGACUUUGUUGCUAAGUAAUUUUGGGAACCUGCAGAAUUCAUGUUUGAGUGAAGAAACGUGUCUCACGGUUUCAGACAGUGUGGAUAACAAGGUUUUAUUUUUCAAGAAAGUGGGAGGGGAAAAGAAACUAAAAAUGGAACUACAGUGGUUUUUGGAUCACGAGGAUAUUAGAAUUAAUUCCGGACUUUUGGAUUCCCAUGUUUACCUUUGCUCGCCUACAGUUCUCCCACUUUUUUCUGACAAUUUUGAUUUCCAGACGAAUUUGAGAAGCUAGACUGCGGGCAGUUUUGCAUCUCCCGAUUGAACAUGUUCGACAUCUGCCCUUAUAAUAAAAAAUUUA